GAUUACCCUCGCGCCGCUCUCACAACGGCCAUUCUAAAGUCGCUCCUAUUAAUUUUAGUGAUACGUACGCGUGUGCUGAGCAUCCACAUGAUCAUCAUCCCCUCCGACUGGGCUUUUCUGGGCUUUUUAUAAGGAGCAGCAGUUGGACCGGUUGCGUCUUUGACUCGCAAGAUAUCAUUGACGAUGGCCCCUUCUCGCUGCGUUGGCCUCUUGGCGCUUGUCGCCGGAUGCCUUCUGCCUUCUGGUGUCCUGGGUCUUUGGCCCAUCCCAACCAAUCUCGAGACCGGCAUGACCGCCCUCAAGGUCUCCCCUGCGUUCUACUUUGACGUGCAGGUUGAAGGCGCCCCAGUGGAUUUGUAUGAGGCGGUCGCGCAAGCGCAAUACUAUCUCGAAACCGACCAACUUGGACGUCUCGUCGUCGGCCGCGGCGCGAAUGACACUACAGCCCUUGUUGGCGCGAAGAUGCUUUCGAAAUUGACGCUCUCUCUCACGAGUGGGGCUACUGCGGAGCCUAUUGCUUCUGAAGCUGUGAAGCCCCUGGGCACCCGUAGCGAGGAGUACGCACUGACAAUCCCAGCAGACGGCUCGGCUGCUACUUUGACGGCGAACUCGACGUUGGGCCUGUACAGAGGGCUCACUACCUUCAAUCAGAUUUUCUACUACUAUGGUGGAGUAACCUACACCUUGCUCGCCCCAAUUGCCAUUACGGACACUCCGGCAUAUCCUUUCCGAGGAUUGGCGCUGGAUACCGCGAGGAACUACUACCCCGUUAGCGAUAUUCUGCGGACUUUGGACGCGAUGAGCUGGGUCAAGAUCAACACUUUCCACUGGCAUAUCACAGACAGCCAAAGUUUCCCGCUCGAAAUUGCACAAUACCCCGAGCUUGCUAUCAACGGUGCAUACUCCCCUGCAGAAGUUUAUACCGCGAGUGAUGUACAAUACAUCGUUCAGUAUGCUGGUGCAAGAGGUAUUGAUGUUAUGAUGGAAAUCGACACGCCCGGCCACACUUCUAUCAUUGCGGCCACUUACCCUGAUUACAUUGCGUGCUUCGACUCCACGCCGUGGGCAACCUACGCCAACGAGCCACCUGCUGGUCAGCUUCGCUUCGCACUCCCCGAGGUCGUGAACUUCACUACUUCGUUGCUCGUUGACGUCGCAAAGACCGUGCCUUCGUACUACUUUAGCACUGGGGGUGACGAAUUGAACACCGAAUGUUACGCCGAGGACUAUCCCACGCAACUGCAACUCAACAGUACCGGCAUGACGCUGAAUGGUGCUCUGGACACGUUUACGCAGACUACUCAUGCUGCACUUAUGGCCAUGGGAAAGACGCCGGUUGUAUGGGAAGAAAUGGUCCUGAACUGGAACCUUACACUCGCCAACGAGACUAUCGUGAUGGUCUGGAUUUCUUCCGAGGAUGCUCUAGCAGUGGCAGAAAGAGGCUUCAGGAUCAUCCAUGCACCAUCCAACUACUUCUACCUGGACUGUGGUGCUGGUGGAUGGGUGGGAGCAUACCCUGCUGGAAAUAGCUGGUGCGACCCCUUCAAGACCUGGUCUGAGGCCUACACCUUUGAUCCCUUGGCAAACUUGACUGAGGCACAGUACCAACUGGUUCUCGGAGGCGAGCAACUUUUGUGGAGCGAGCAGUCCGGACCUCAAAAUAUGGACCCUAUCAUUUGGCCGCGUGCUGCAUCAUCAGCGGAGAUUUUCUGGAGCGCUAAGCAGCCCAGCGGCGCCCCGUUAAACGUCACCGAGGCGUUGCCUCGCUUGCAUGACGUCCGCUACAGGAUGGUACAGCGCGGGCUCAACCCCAUCCCACUCCAACCCCAAUGGUGUGCGCUCAGGCCAGAUGCAUGUGAUCUGACGGCUUGAGAAUUAGAACGUCCCAGGAACUCUACUUGAUUUUGGGUCUUUUCACGAACAAUCGAUAUACAA